CACUCAUUACCCACAAUGCACAGCGGCCAUCCUCAGUGGUAAACAUGGCGACGAGGGCACCAGUAGCGGCGGGCCGACUCCUGGGUGGGGUCCGUAAAUGGUACUACAACAUGUGUGGCUUCAACAAGAUCGGUUUGAUGCGCGAUGACACAAUCUAUGAGGAUGCAGAUGUUAAAGAGGCCAUCAGGAGGCUUCCAGAGGCGGUUUAUAACGACAGGAUGUUCAGGAUCAAGAGGGCCCUGGAUCUCUCCAUGAAGCAGCAGAUCCUCCCUAAAGACCAGUGGACGAAAUAUGAGGAGGACGUCCAUUACCUGACACCCUAUCUGGAUGAGGUGAUCCGUGAGAGGAAAGAAAAAGAAGAAUGGAUGAAGAAAUAGAAAAUUUCUAAUCACAACUCUUAAUCUGGUCUUCGGUUCGUGCAUGGUCGUCCUCUGGUGUAAUAUUUAAAUGAAAUGUAACCUAUAUCAGAUAGUGCUCAUUAAAGAAAUGUACAUUUUAGAA